UGCUGGCGAGGUCACAGUUCGUAGGUUGAGGUACUCUUCGCUGCCCCACGUGUGUCAUUGUUUUGUUAACAUAAUCGAAAUGUGUUGGAAAAAACUACAGUAAAAAUGGGGAAGAAUAAGAACAACAGUAUUUCACAGCCGAGAAACCAGGCUGAGAAAGCCGGGAAACAUUUAAGCGAUAAGAAGCUCGAUCGACAUGGAAAACCUAAGAAAGCUUCAGAAGACCAUCUCAAACACAUUCCCUUCAAACUUCGAGAAAUAAUGAAGAGCAAACAAGAAAUGAAGAUGGGAUCCCGCAAGAAGAAGAAGAAGCUAAAAGAAGCCAUUAUCUCUAAAAGUAAUCAAGAGGGCACAGACCCCGGAGAUAUACCUGUCCCACAGUUCAAGAGGAGGAAGGAUGAAACUGAGAAAGCAUACUUGCGACGCAUGGACAUUGAGACAAAACAUGUCCACUUCCUCAGCAAAAACCAAAUUGACAGAAAGCCUGAACUGGAAUUAAACCAACAAGAAAGUCCUGCACACAAGGGCAAAUCUGAGAAAAAGAAAGAGCAUGAUAAGGACAGACUAUUGAGAAUACACCAGAAAAAGCUUGAUAGACAAGAGGCCACAGUGGAAAAAGAAAUGUUUGUAGAUGAUGUUCCUUUUGGUGAAGUAGCAAUGGCCCCUCCUUGUCUAAGUGCCAAACCGAAGAAAGCUCAGGUCAAAUCACAGAAGUCGUCAAAGGAUUUGCUUCUCAACUCUCUGCUGGGCCACACAGCAACUUCAGCAGAUAAACCCUCCAUGGCCAGGCAGAGGAUCAUGGAGGAGGAGAGGGAGCGAGCAGUGGAGGCUUACCGUCACCUUAAGAAACAGAAACAGCAGCAGCUGGAGGCCAGGACUGCCGGUCUAGAAAAGCUCAAGAACCUCCAGUGAUAUUUUACAUCAUGGAAGUUUAAUUCAAAAGUGAUGGUGAGAAAUGGAAAUAAAUAUUAAGGUAACCCUCAGUGGACUGUUGUACAUAAGCACUCCAGACUACACUGAUGUUUACUACUAGAUGGACUUCCUCCUCACCACAGUGUAGCUCACAUAAGGACAAACCAAACAUUUCCAUCCUCAGUGCCACAGUUCAGGUAAGUAAUACACAACAUCUGGUGGCCACUUAGAUGAUAUAAAUGCAAAACAUGUAGACAUGUGACAGUUUUUGCUUUCUUAUCUUUCUGUCUCUGUGUUAAUGUGUAAUGGAAAGCACUCGUUUUUAUUUAAACUAUGAAUUUGCAUUGUCAAAACUGUUUGGACAGCUUGUGUGUAAGAACAAAAACCAGUGAGGUUAUCUAAUGUCACAAAUAAAUGGUUUUUUUUUGCUAAUAUCCACUAGAUGGCAGUUGUCCUGUUGAAAGCUGGUAUCAAACUGUUGGUACAAAGAGCUUCCAACAACUUAGAUUUAACUGAAACAUUUUGUAUUAACACUGAUUCAUGAUAAUCUGUGUAAAAUUAUCCAGCUUGUAUCAUAAUCAAGCUGGUGUCUACCAAGUGAAGGUAUACUGCCACAUGAGCACAGUCAUGCUAUAACAUUACUAAACUUUUCUGAGUGUUGAAGCCAAGAAUAAAUAGGUCAUUUCAGCCUUUUUAAAUGCAGAACUCUUAUUAGAACUUGGCACGGCUAUAUGCAUUUGUAAUCCUGUCAAGGUUUACCCCUGGUUCAUUCUGGUUAUGAACAAGGCCUUUGUUUGUGUACUGAGGAUAAAUUAAGGUUUAUCAAAGUA